AUGCCCCCUUCACUUCCCUACUACUCUGGAGAGGUUAAAGGGCAAGGCAACCGUGCAAGAAAACUCCACAACAGCAACACCAGGCCUCCUGACCGCGCAAGGUGUCAGGGCCUGGAAUCCUCCCUGCGCUCCGGGGUUGGGCCAACGCCUGGGGCCCCCUGGGCAGGAGGCCGGGUCCGGGUAGGAGGUGACACAACACCGCCAUCACCCAACCCUGAAAGCGCCUCUGUGGUGGCGGGCGGGGCGCUGCUCUGCUCCGCUCCGCAAGAGGGACGGGCGGGGGGGGGGAGGGCUGCUCGUCCAGGGUCGCUCACCGUCACGCGGGGCGCUGCGCCGUCCGGAGCUGCUCCCGCGCGCAGAGGCCCGAGGACAGUGUCACGGGGUCGGCAGUCGCGACCGCUGGGGCUGGAGCGACAGGCCUGCAGGCGCCCGGCCGCCGCGGAUUCGGGGCGGGGGAGGGGCGGCCAGAGGACGGCAUCAGCUGAGGCCGGGGCUGCGGCAACCUGCGUCCGCGCCUGCGCAGAGCGCUUUCGUAGGUGUGCGACCCAGGCGCGUGCACCACGCAUGCGCCCUGCUUACCCUUGGCCGCAGCCCGGAAGCGCAGCGGCGGCUCUAAUUUGUUCACCUGCAGGUUCAGUUGCCUUGGUCUCCCAAGACUCAGAGGCUUUUUCCUUUAGCAAAGGGAAAAAAAAAAAUCCUAUCUGCCUCAACCCUCAGCUGAACAGCUUUGCCGGUCGUCGCUGACGCUCGCGACGCUGGGAGUGGGAUCAACUGGUGGGUAGACAGGCGUUGGGCAGCCGAAAAGUCACAUCAUUUAAAAUUUAGAAGCUUUGACCUCGUAGAAGGAAGCUAAGUGCGGCAGGAGCCCUGUCUUUUGUUCCUGGUUGGUCUGGUGUUGCUGGUUUUUGCGCAUAGGUCACCAUCCUCCACCCCCUGGUCCCCUAGGUCGAAAGGUGAGUGACAGCGCUGUGAGAGCCCAGCCCGAACCCCGGAGCUGCAGCUCGUCGCCGGGCCUUGAGGCUAGUGACUCAAAGGCCGGGUUGUCUCGUUUGGAAUAACAAUACGGAAUUGUUUUAAGGAUUAAGUGAGAUCCAGAAAAUAACUGUCAAGCGCAGACUAGACUCCUGUUGCUUGCAGAGAAAUUUUAACGUUUCAUGAAUGUUAGCUGCUGUUACCAUCAUGGUCACCGCAUACAUGGGA